AUGCAGCGGGCACGCUGCGAGGAUUCGGGUGAUAUGCGCAAGGAGAUUCGUCACUUGCGAGAUGUUGGCCGAAAGCUGAACCAGGCCCAACGCGAGCGCAAAGAAGCGUGGAGGAAAGCCAAGAAGAAGCGCGAAAGCAUGGAGAAGCACUUCGCCCACGUAGGAAUGAAGAUGCCGACACCCUUUUCACCAAAUGCAACCACCAUGUCCAGAUGA